CCUGCGCGCGCAGGCAUACAGGACACCAGGAAGCAAAACAGUAUGGAGCAUAACUGAAGGGGAAAAGUUAUUUUCCCGCUGCGUCAGUUUACAUGUCUGGGCCAGCUGAAUGGGAAGUUUUUGAGUGUGUCGAAUAUUUAACACUACUUGCCGUAUCAGUAUCUUAGCUGUUUUACUGUGCGAGUAUAGAGUGAUUUUACAGUUGCCCUCUCUCUAUCUCUCUCUGAAAUAGUGGCAAUGAUGCCUACAAGGAAUGUAUCUGGAGGUGGAGGAAUGCCGAGCAAUAAAGUGAAAUAUUCGCGAUUGGCAGACAACGACGACGGCUACAUCGAUCUACAGUUUAAGAGAGGACCUCCCAAAGUUCCCUACAAAGCUAUCGCCCUGGCGACCUUCCUCUUCCUCAUUGGGUCCUUAUUAAUCACCAUCGGCGGGCUGCUGCUGUCUGGCUACAUCCAGGUUUCGGACCCCAACAGAACAAUCCCUGUGCUGAUUAUCGGAGUGCUGGUCUUCCUCCCUGGAUUCUACCACCUGCGGAUAGCCUACUAUGCAUCAAAAGGCUACAGGGGGUACUCGUACGACGACAUCCCAGAUUUUGAUGACUGAGCUUGGGGCUACUCUGAGCACCGGAGACACUGGGGGGGGGGGGGGG